AUGGCCACAUUCCACCCAUUUCCACGACUUCCAGCAGAACUCCGUGAUCAGAUAUGGCAAAUGACGGUGGAGCCUCGCAUGGUUGAAGUGCGCCUCAGGGUCCGAGGGAAAUGGGGUGAGAAGACGUUCAACAAGUUGACUUCGCCUACACCUGUACCAGCACCGCUGCAGACAUGUCGAGAAUCGCGGAACGCUAGACUAUACCAGCGUUGUUUCUCUGAUAUGUCUUGGCGCGGCGGCGCUGCGGAAGACGCAGAACCGCGCUACGUGUGGUUGAACCUGGAUAUCGACAUGGUUUCCAUCGGGUGGAGCCAAUUCGAAGCCUUCAGGCCUGUUGCGCACCUUAUCAAACGCCUGAGAUUUACGCGCGACAACACCGAUGAGUAUUGGGCCCGUGGACGUGAAUCCGAAGAGCUUCACUACUACAAAAACGUGUCGGAAAUCCAUGUCGUGCUUUGCGAAGGCGGCGAAUUUUGGCACUGGCAAGGGGCUGCGCAGGACUACACCUGGCCUUGCGGGAAGUAG